AUGUCUGGCUUGAGGAUAUUAGUGCCCGUCAAGCGGGUCAUUGACUAUGCGGUCAAACCCCGGGUAAACCGUACGCAAACCGCCGUCGAAACCGCAAAUGUCAAGCACUCGAUGAAUCCCUUUGACGAACUCUCCAUCGAGGAAGCGGUCCGCAUGCGCGAAAAGAAGGCACACCACGCCAACGCCCCCGCCGUCGAAGACAUCGUUGCCUUCUCCGCGGGUGUCGCAAAAUCGCAAGACAUCCUCCGCACAGCCAUGGCCAUGGGCGCGGACCGUGGCAUCCACGUUGUGGUGGAAGAAAAAGACGCCCUCGAGCCCCUCGGCGUCGCAAAGCUCCUCCGCAAAGUCGUCGAGGAGCAAAAAAGCAACCUUGUCAUCCUCGGCAAGCAAGCCAUCGAUGACGACGCGGGCCAAACAGGACAAAUGCUCGCGGGCCUGCUCAACUGGCCGCAAGCCACACAAGCGUCCAAAGUCACUAUCAAGGACCAAUCCGUCGAGGUGGUGCAGGAGGUCGAUGGCGGUGUGCAGACGAUCAAGGCCAAGCUGCCAAUGGUUAUUACAACGGAUCUACGACUCAACGAGCCGCGCUAUGCUAGUUUACCAAACAUCAUGAAGGCGAAGAAGAAGCCGCUCGAGAAGAAGAGCCUAAGUGAUUAUGGACUGGAUACUGAGGUUAGGCUGAAGACGGUUAAAGUUACGGAGCCUGAGCCGAGAAAGGGUGGUGUCAAGGUGGAGGAUGUGGAUGGUAUGAUUAGCAAGUUGAAGGAACUUGGGGCUUUGUAA